UGGGCAUUCACACCUGUCUCCCAACAGCACCAUGAAAUCAGCGGGCAUCUUCCUCCUUGUGGGGCUCCUCACCCUCUGGAUGGUGCUGCCGUCUUGGUCUGGCACAAUCUUACCUGUGCAACAAAUCCCCGGAGAGAAAUCCGGGACUUGCCCAGUGGUUACUGUCCGGUGUCUUAUGAUAAAUCCUCCCAACCAUUGUGAUUAUGACCACCAAUGUCCAGGGCCCAAGAAAUGCUGUGAAACUAGCUGUGGGAGAGUUUGCGUCCUGCUUCAGAGAGGGAAACCUGAAACCUGUCCAGACAUCAUCUUUAAGUGCGCUAUGUACAAUCCCCCAAAUCGCUGCCACUCUGACCGUCAGUGUCCAAGAUUCAAGAAGUGCUGUGAGACUUUCUGCGGGAGGGCCUGUGUUUAUCCUAAGGGACAUGCAUAACUUCCUGUGUCCCAAGGGCGUUCCCAGGAGGAGCCAAGACACCAGCUGAUGUGCCUGGCCUCGCAGGGGUCCCACAGACCAGCCCUAGGAUAUCAGCUUGCACAAUGCCUGCAAAGCACCUGCACUCUUAAUCCAUCUAGUCUUUAGCACCAACCAUGCCACAUUGUUGUCACCUGUCAUGGGGCUGCCAUGGAAUUUCAGAUCCUGCCCGCCUAGCACAGAGAGGACGGGGCUGAGGCCUCAUCCCGUGAGGGACCUGAGGAGCAUGAUUCACAGUCCCUGUGCAGCGGCUCUUUCCCUGCAGUCAAGGGGAGGCUUUGGGCAGAGCUGGGGGUCUCUUUCUUCUUGCCCUGACUCUGUAUAAUUUGGUGUCCCUGGCACCUCGUGCACUGUAACAAAUAAAGAAGCUUGUUGUUCACAUA